GCGUUUCAACAAAAGUCGUGGCUGCUCUCUCUCUCUUUUUCCUUUUCCUUCUGCUUUCCUCUUCCAUGUCAAAACGCCUUCCCUUCGCUUCUUCCUAUUUCCUUUCAAUUCUUCGCUAAACCCCUUUCCCCCCAUUCUCAUUCCCCCAUUUCUUUUCAUGUUCUUCUCAACCCCUUACUUCUAACACCAAAUUCCCCCUUCUAAUCGCAUCAAGCGAUCGAUUGAUUCUUCCUCCUCUCGAUCGAUCGCUUGGUGUUCCUUCCAUUUCCCCCCCUUUCAUUCAUUUGAGGUGGAUUCAUAUUUCUUUUUCCCGCUUCAGAGAUGUCUAAUUUGCAAUCCAAUUUCAAUCAGAAGAUUGAUUAUGUAUUCAAAGUCGUCUUGAUCGGGGAUUCUGCGGUCGGGAAAUCGCAACUCCUUUCUCGUUUUGCUAGGAAUGAGUUUAGUUUGGAUUCCAAGGCUACAAUUGGGGUUGAAUUCCAGACCAAGACGCUUGUCAUUGACCAGAAAGCUAUCAAGGCGCAGAUAUGGGAUACUGCUGGGCAGGAGAGGUAUCGAGCAGUGACAAGUGCAUAUUACAGAGGUGCCGUGGGGGCAAUGCUGGUUUACGACAUGACGAAGCGUCAGUCAUUCGAUCAUAUAGCUAGGUGGUUAGAGGAACUGCGUGGCCAUGCAGACAAGAAUAUCGUUAUCAUGCUUAUAGGAAACAAGUCUGAUCUAGGUUCUCUUCGUGUUGUGCCUACAGAAGAUGCAAAAGAGUUUGCUCAAAUGGAGAAUCUGUUUUUUAUGGAAACGUCAGCGCUCGAGGCAACUAAUGUAGAGACGGCAUUCAAUACCAUACUGACAGAAAUUUACCGAGUUAUUAGCAGGAAGGCACUGAUUGCAAAUGAGGAAGAUUCCGGAGGAAGCUCAUCACUCCUCAAAGGAACAAAACUUGUUGUCCGUGGACAAGAGCCUCAACCUACAAGUUCUGGUUGUUGCAGAAGUUAACAGAGCAUUCUUCCUUGGUUUCACAAGAUUUUCAAAUGAAUUUGUCCGUUUUACAGCCCACACAAACACAACCACCCUGGUCCCCAGAAGAGCAAAAGAAGAAGAAUGGGGGAAGCAGAUAUCUAUCUAAUCUUUAAUUUUGGUCUUUCAGGAGACUAGUGUAAUUCAUACUUUUGAUCAUAAAAGGUAAAUAGUUCCUCUGCUCUAAGCUUUUUGUUUAGAGGUUUUAUCACCAACAUAAUGCUCAUUUUGGUUGAGUAAAAGCUUCACAUUGUCAUUCUUAUCUUCCUGUGAUCCUGUCUCUAAACCUUUCAACAUAAAUAUGGGAGAUGACCGAAUUUCAGAAAUGGUAUACUAGGCUAACUGACCCCCCACCCCACGUAUGGGAAAUGGGUAUAGAUUUUCAGAUUCAA